GCCUGUUGUCCUGAUGGCAGCUCUCUGUGUCGCCUUGCAGCCCACACUCGACGAGAAGAUCCAGCUUGUGCCUAAAGCCCAGUUGGGCAGCUGGGGAAAGGGCAGCAGCGGCGGCGCCAAGGCCAGCGAGAUCGAUUCCUUACGACCAAGUGCCACUAGUCUGAACCGAUUCUCUGCACUGCAGCCUCCUGUGUCAUCAUCGGGUUCUGCCUCGGCCACACCCUCCGAGUCGGACGCUCGCAGGACCUUAACCAGGUGAGCCCCCCUCUCUCCU